AUGGCAGACAAUUCAACCGUGUUUGGUCUUCGUCAUCAAGCAAGAUGUUUGACAGCCGUCAAGAGCAAUUCAGACAAGAGUCAAUUUAUGGCCGGCUCCAUUGGCGCCAAGGACAAUAUCGUAUGCUUGUUGGCAUAUGACGAUGAUAACAAUACUAUUGCUUCCACAUUGUAUAACCAUCCCGAUGAAGUGUGGGACAUUGCUUCUUGUCCAUACGAUGAACAACUAUUUUUCACUUGUCAUAGUUCCGUAGCAUCCCAGAACCCAUUGAGUAGGAAAGCGACGUUGUGGCAGAGAAAGGAGACCACAGAUACCUCAAACUACAACAACAACGACCAGCGCCAAGAGCUAAACCAUCUUUUGCAGCUAGAAUAUGAGGGAGUGAAAAAAGUUCUUUGGUGUCCUCAAGAACAAAACCACCAAAUCAUAGCCAUGGGGAGAACCCAUCUCUAUCUAUCAUCGAUAGAAAGCGAUACCUCCGAGAGUAUACUUUCCAUCGACGCAUCCUCAUUAUUCACAGACGAAACAGAAUUGCCCUCUCUUGAACUCUUGCAAAACGCCGUAUGGAACCCACAUCAGCCUGAACUCAUUGCUGUUGCUGAUAACACCUUCGCUGGAUGGGACCUCAGAUCAGGCAGUAACACAUUUACUCGUAGAAAAGCGCAUGAGAGUACGAUGAGAGCUAUCGACUACAAUCCGAAUAAACCUUACCAUAUGGCGACGGGUGGUGAUGAUGCGUUCGUCAAAAUCUGGGAUACACGGCAACUAAAGGAUCCAGUCAUGACACUUGAGGGCCAUACUCAUUGGGUCUGGUCUGUUGCUUUCAACUCUUUACAAGACCAGUUAUUAUUGACAUCCAGUUCAGAUACCGUUGUGAAUUUGCAUAACGUAGUAUCCGUUUCGUCAGCUGCUUAUUUUGAAGAUUAUCUAAGUGCGGAUGACGAUGAAACAGAUGAAGAGGGGGACAGCAGGGCUCUCACAAAGGAGAGAAUGAAACCAACGGAUGGUUUAGUGUGUACGUAUGAUCAACAUGAAGAUAGUGUCUAUAGCGUUGCAUGGAGUGCAAUAGAUACAUGGACAUUUGCUUCUAUUUCAUAUGCUGGUAGAAUUGUCAUCAAUCAAGUGCCAACUCAAGAAAAGAUUAAAAUCUUGGGUGUCUGA